AUGUCAGGUUACCAACAUCUUUCCAAGGCUGGAAGCCGGUUCUUAAAGCAGGUUGAAAACAGACCAAAGCAUUUGGUGGAUCACUUCAAAAAAUUUGAGGAAAAGUCCAUGCCAUCAUUCUUGGUGCCCUCUAUUCCACGAGUAGAAGAUGAAGAGCGGUUCAAAAGCGUCAGGGAGUGGAAAUACAUGCCCGGUGACCGUGUGGUGGUGACCAAAGGCAAAUGGAAAGGCCAGGUCUGUGUGAUCCAUCAACACGAUCGGGAAACCAAUGGGUUUGUCCUGGACGAAAAUGGGCCCACUAAGACGGUUCCCGUUCCCAAACAGUUUUGGUCUGAGGGUCAAAACUCUCACAUGGUCACUUUUCCAAUGGCAGUUGCCCAGGCGGACGUAAAGCUCGUUGCAGAUAUCGACGAUCCAAAAGUCCCAGGAACUAGCAAAACCGUCGCGGUACGUGAUAUUGUGUUCCGUGGAUCGUACUACGAUGAGGCGUACAAAAAAGUGAUGCCCUUCAGAUGUGUCUCGGGACAAGAAGACUUGGUGAUACCGUGGCCCCAGCCUGAGACCAAGCCCGACGGAUUGCUAGCUACACCUCCAGACGUUGCAAGAGAACAAACUUUCUGGGUUUCCAGUAUAGCUCGCAGCCCGAUUCCACAGGGCGCUCUGCUCACAAUUCGUAACCCCAAAUCCAAAUUCAGAAGAGGUACGCUCACUGCUAGAGAUAUUGGCAAGCUUGUGGCUCCAAAGAUGCCUUUGACCAAGGCCAAAAAAUCGUAUAUCGCAGAGAAACAAGAAAUGGCUGCGGGUGCAAAGCGGAAACUAACCGAUGAAGACAGAGAACUCAUAGGAUCUAAGGUCUUUGAACAUUACAGUCAAAAGAUUUAA